CCGUCCAAACGGGAGCUGAGUUUGCAGGCUGACAGGGAUGCAAAGGGCUGGUGGUGCUGAUGUCAGAGCCAGAAGACAGUUGUGAUUGGACCUAAUUAGACUUUGCAGCAGCAAAUAGACAAGCUCCCUGCGUGAUUGGCUUCAAAGUGGCUGGUGCCAAACAACUAGCAGACGAGCCAAAGUAGGAGCCCUGCGUUCGCUGGGAGCCCAGUCCGGAGCGGCCGCCUGGAGGAGGAGGGCAGCGGGGAGGGGGCGCACCUCCCCGCCGAGUCCCGUGGAGGAGCUGCUGCUGGCCGGGGUCCCCCCGCCACGAGCUGGCCGAGAACAGCUGGGGAGCAGGAGCGGGAGCCCGAGGCUCCUCCUGAAAAGUGAGCCCGCUCCCGGCCCGCAGGCAUCCGGCAGCGCUGGGCCAGCAGCAAAGGUGAGCUGCUGGGGACCGGGUCCCUCCCGGCUCUGGCGGCUGCGUCUCGGGCCAUGGCCUCGGUCCUGGGCACCAGCAGAGGGGCCGGAGGAGGGCUGAGCGGCCAACUCAAAUGCAAGUCCCAGAGGAGACGGCGGCGGUCCAAGAGGAAAGACAAAGUAACCAUGUUGUCAGCCUUCAUCGCUCCCUUCAAGCACUUAAGCCCCGGGGCCACCAACACGGAGGAUGAAGACAAUCUAAGUACCAGCAGCGCGGACGUGAAGGAAAACCGCGUGAGCAACUGGGAGGCGAGGCCCCUGGCCGCCAGUGACAGGGCCAGAGGCGGCACGCCCGGCGUGAAGCGGAAGAGGCCUCUGGAGGAGGGCAACGGCGGCCACCUGUGCCCCCUGCAGCUCGUCUGGAGGAAGCUCUCGUGGUCCGUGGCGCCCAAGAACGCGCUGGUGCAGUUGCACGACCUACGCCCGGGCCUGCAGUACCGCAUGGUGUCCCAGACCGGCCCCGUGCACGCGCCUGUCUUCGCCGUGGCCGUGGAGGUCAACGGGCUCACCUUUGAGGGCACGGGGCCCACCAAGAAGAAAGCCAAGAUGCGGGCGGCCGAGUUGGCGCUGAGGUCCUUCGUGCAGUUCCCCAACGCCUGCCAGGCCCAGCUGGCCAUGGGCGGUGGCGCCGGGCCAUCCACGGACUUCACCUCCGACCAGGCCGACUUCCCCGACACGCUGUUCAAGGAGUUCGCGCCCGCCGCCCCCAGCGAGGCCUUCCCCGGCCGCCGGCCCGCCGACCCCGGGCUGCUGGCCACCGCCUGCCCGCGGGGCCGGCUCCUCUGCCACCCGCUGGAUCUGGUGGGCCCUGCGGCCCCGGGCGACAGGAACCCCGUGGUCGUGCUGAACAAGCUGCGCUCCGGCCUGCGCUACGUGUGCCUCGCAGAGCCGGCCGAGAAGCAGCGGGCCAAGAGCUUCGUCAUGGCCGUGUGUGUGGACGGCAGGACGUUCGAGGGCUCAGGACGCAGCAAGAAGCUGGCCAAGGGCCAGGCGGCGCGGGCCGCCCUCCAGGCCCUCUUCGAUAUCCGGCUGCCGGGCCACGUCCCCAGCAGGAGUAGAGGUCAGCUCCUGCCCCAGGAAUUCGCAGACUCCGUGUCCCAGCUGGUCACACAGAAGUUCCGCGAGCUGACCGUGGGCCUGGCGUCCGCGCACGCCCGCCACAAAGCACUGGCAGGAAUCGUCAUGACCACAGGCUUGGACGUCAGGCAGGCACAGGUCAUCGUCCUGUCCUCAGGCACCAAGUGCAUCAGCGGCGAGCACAUCAAUGACCAGGGGCUGGUGGUCAAUGACUGCCACGCGGAGAUCGUGGCCCGGAGGGCACUGGUCCACUUCCUGUACGCACAGCUGGAGCUACACCUCAGCAAGCGGCGGGAGGACUCAGAGCACUCGAUAUUCGAACGGUCCAAGGACGGCGGCUACCGGCUGCGGGACAACGUGCUGUUCCAUCUCUACGUGAGCACGUCCCCCUGUGGAGAUGCCAGGCUGCACUCACCCUACGAGAUCACGGCCGACCUCAACAGCAGUAAGCACAUCGUCAGGAAGCUCCGUGGACAUCUACGCACCAAGAUCGAGUCUGGGGAAGGGACCGUCCCCGUCCGGGGCCCCAGCACCAUACAGACAUGGGAUGGCGUCCUGCUGGGUGAGCAACUGGUCACCAUGUCCUGCACAGACAAGAUUGCCAGGUGGAAUGUGCUGGGACUGCAGGGCGCGCUGCUCUGCCACUUCAUCGAGCCCGUGUACCUGCACAGCAUCAUCGUGGGGAGUCUGCACCACACCGGCCAUCUCUCCCGGGUGAUGAGCCACCGGACCGAGGACAUCGGCCAGCUGCCGACCUCCUACAGGCACAACCGGCCCCUCCUCAGUGGUGUGAGCCAUGCCGAGGCGCGCCAGCCUGGAAAGUCCCCACACUUCAGCGUGAACUGGGUGGUGGGCAACACCGACGUGGAGGUUAUCGAUGGCACCACCGGCAGGCGGAGCUGCGGGGGCUCCUCGAGGCUCUGCAAGCACGUGUUCUCCGCGCGGUGGGCGCGGCUUUACGGAAAGCUGAGCACGCGGAUUCCGAGCCACGGAGACACGCCGUCUGUGUACUGUGAGGCCAAGCGGGGGGCCUGCACCUACCAGUCUGUGAAGCAGCAGCUGUUCAAGGCAUUUCAGAAGGCCGGGCUGGGCACAUGGGUGAGGAAGCCGCCUGAGCAGGACCAGUUCCGACUGACCCUCUGAGCGACCGGACCUGCGCUUCCCGGAGCGGAGUGGGUGCCCGGGCAGGGCGGGGGGAGUGCGCGUGCGUGGGGCGGCAGGCGGUGCUCACCGGCUCUUCCUGCUCAUUUCCCCUUGGUGUUCCAGAAGCACAUGCGUGGCCAACGUUCGACAGGCAGCUAGACUCAAACCGGGAGCGUACUGCUCCCACGUUGUCAGAAGCCGGGCGGCCCCCCGACCUGGAGGCGCAGGUGCAGCCAACUCUUCCUGGUGUGUCAAAGGGAAAGCUUCCGCUCAGGCCAAAGGGUCUGGGGUGCAGCCUUGAACAGCGGAGCCGAGGGCUGCGGCUGGAAACGAGCCUCGGGCGCCGUUCCCUGGGUCUUCCUCCCCGCCUCGCGCCUCGAGCGACGCGUCUGGUUCUCUGUAGCACAAGCUGACACGAGACUUCAGGAUAAGCCCCAAUGAAGAGAAAAGCCAUGGGCUCCUCUCCAAAGAAGCCAACAGAAAGCUCUACGAUCCUCAUUACUCAUUUAAGUUUUAACUCCACCUCCUUUCACAGCAGAUUCAAGAUGUGCAAUAUUGAAGAACCCCUAAGCCAGGACCAGAGAAAUGAAGUCCAUUCUUGCAGAGCGAAGGAACAGGGCCCACAGCACCCGUGAGCAGAGAUGCAGGACGUGGGCAGACUGAACUUCCAGAACUGUGUGCCACAGACCACCCCUGUACCUGGACCGGUCCCCACCGGUCCCCACUGGUCCCCACCAUCCACACCCAGACCAGUCCCCACUGGUCCUCCCCAGUCCCCACCAGCCACACCUGGACCACAGUCUCUGUGACAGGUGCCCACAGCUGCUGGCAAUGUUUGAGCUGUUACGGGUUAACUACCCCACAAGCCCCUCACCAGGUCACAAGGACACCAAGUCUUGGACCACACUCUGACUUUUAACUAAAUUUUUAUUAGAGAGUGAGCAAAGAAAAAACAUCCAGAGCAACCUUUACUUGGAGCUUGAGAAGUAUCAGCUCUCUAUUGCUUUGGGUCCCCUGAUCACCAUCUUGCAUGACCAAAAAAAAAAAAAAAAAACAAACAAACAAAAACAAAAAUCACAUAAUGCAGCUGCUGAAAUGCAAGAGGCAGGAUUCUGUCCCCUUCAUGGCAGGUGCCAAACAACCAGACCAUUUGGGAUUUAGCCUGUGGCACCCUUCUUAAGAGUCAGGGCGAGGCCACAUGGCCUGUCCACACCAGAGGGAGGCAUUUCUCUUACACAGCUUCGUUCCAUCCAGGUACCUUGAAUUGUUCCACUCUGACCACUAAGGACUCAUUUCUAACAUCCAACAUGCUACCUAACAGGCCUCUAAUUUCUCCAACAGAAGAUCCACAUCUGCAAGUCACUGUGGCAAACAGCAAAGCUUCACAGUAGCCAGCGCUGGGCAUGGGCCUCCUGGUUAGAAUCCCAGCUGGCCACCCAUGGGCGCACACCCUGAAAACACAGGAUUGCCCCAUAACGCAAGAAAUGUGAGCGCAACAUCAUGCAGUAGAUACUCAAGUACAGAUUGCAGACCUAACAGCGAGGCAAAAAUGAAACAAAAUACGUUUUAGAGACUUGUUAUGGGCUAACAAGUAGAGGUGUUAGUAUGGAAGCAAACUCUCUCUAGGACUUAAUAUAGAGUCAGACCCAUUGUUCAAGUUCUUCCAGAAAAGGAAAUGGCCACUGAGUGCACAAGUUCCUCAAGACAAAGUUUUGAAAGAUAUGAAAAUGUUUUUGCAAACAUAAGACGCAUACCAAUCUUUCAUAAAAGUUGAGGAAAUAACAAUGAAAUGUUAACUCAGUAUAAAAGCUAUAGUCAAAUUGCCACUUUACAUUAGUUUCUGAUAGUCUGACAUGUCACCAGGAGGAAGCUUAGGGACCCAGAAACCCAGAGCUGAGUUAUGACUUAGACUCUGACUCGCCCUUCUCCAGAGCCCUCCUCUGAAAGGAAGGAGGCACGGUCGAGUCCUGGAGGAAACCUGUGUCCUGAACCUUCCAUUACUGACAUUCUGAGCUGCUGCUUUGUAUCAACGUGCUCCAAAUAAUGGUCCUUCCACCCAGAGGAGCCAACAGCAGCAGCAGGAGCCAGAGGACAGACGCCAGACAAAUCCAUCCACAAACCACAUAGCGGGUUCCACCAGGAGAUCUGACCCCGGCGACUUGGGUGGCGCUCAGCUCGCUAAUAACAGACACUCCCAUAAGGGCCGAACUGUGGCUAUCCGGUCACCAUUCAUUUCGUCUGAGACACUGGCUCUCCAGAAGCGUCACUAAAAUAUAAGUAUCUCCUUCUGGAGAAAGCCAGACCUCAGCGCCAGCAUAGGACUCGUCCAUCAGGCCAGAGGGGACAUCCUGCGGGGAGAGGAGAUGGCUCCACAGAGGAGGUUGACAGUGGCAGAGGCAUUGGCACGGCAGCAGGAAGCCCCGAGCGAGAGCCUGAGCAUGGUGCGAGGUGCAUGUCCAGGAGUGGGGACGGACAGGGCCACGGAGAGGAGGCGCCGGCCCAGGCUCUGGGCGCACAAGGGGGUGGGGGGAAGGCAGGAGAGCAGGGCUGACCAGAAGGCUGGCCCGGCCAACGGGAGGCCAGUCACAGGGUUCUGCUGUGGCACCUGCUUAAGGCUGGAGGGAUGGGCAGCACCAGCCUGGAGAUGAGGCGGCCUGCGGAUUUCGCUCCGCACCUCAAAGUCCACGAGAACACCCAACACCACUUUGGGUCAGAGGCCAGGCCAAUGCCACGGUGUCAACGGUGAGUCACAGCCUGGGGAGGAGCCCGCAGACACCUCGCCACCUUGGGCUUUCGGACGGAAAACAGAGCUCAGGUGUGUGAUGCGUGACCUUCAGGCGCCCCGAGGCCACGGAGCAGUGUCAGGGGCCUGCUGGCAUCUAGGCCUGUCUGAACGCGCCUCACAGCCGCCGGCUCAGAGUCCUCUGUUCUCCACCUACUGCACCUGCGACUCCAGUCCAAAUAAAGGCAACACCACCUCUGUCAGCCCCCACAGCACAGGCUGCAUUCCUGGCAGGGAGGUCGGCAAAGGAAGGCUUCCUGUCUGGCUCUCAGCCACAAAGCCAGUAUCUGCAAGCAUUUCCAUGGGACUACGUCCAAGGGGGAAGGUCACUGGGUCACAGAGCCCCGCCUGCUCAUUCCUGGCACGUGGUCGAGAAGGUCACCCGGUCACGGAGCCCUGCCUGUCCAUUCCUAGCACACGGCUUCACUUCAAGGUACUGACUGGAUGUAGGGUUUCUUUGGUUUUUCUUUUUGCCACAAGGAAAGGAUUUGCAGGUCUAGAAGUAUUGUUUCUUUUUAUACUUGUGGGUCUUUUCAGGUCUGUAUAUACCUAUCGUGUCACUACUGAGUUUGUGAGUCUUGCUGUUCCUCGGAAACGUCAAGUUUUUCCCAUAUAAUUUCUCAUAUGAUUUCCUUUUCACAGGAAGCCGUUCUUAUCAAUACGGUCAAAUGGUUGUUUUGGGUUUGAUUUUUGUUUUUUGUUUGUUUGAGGUUUUUUUGCUAUAGUGUUUACCAUGUCUGGAGAGCCAUAAACAGUAAAUACAUGGUAUAUCAAUGCCCAGAAUAGAAUAGUUAGAGUAUUUUGAUGAAACACUAUUUUUAGAUUAUAAAUUUCAAGAUGUAUCUAUAGUAUCUUGUUUUAAAAAAUUUAAAAAGACAUUUGAAACUUAGACAUUUAUAAUUUAGGGAAACUUCUAUAACCAUUUUUUAAGAAGCCAUUCUAAUAAAAUCAUCUAAUUGGCCCAAACACAAUAUCUCUUUCUAAUAAAGACCAAAGGGAAGUCAGGACAAGGCUGUUUUCACAUACCGCCCCUUGAUGCCACAACCGCCUCAGGGGACAGAGGUUUCACCCGACACGAAGCAAACCAGUGUCCCUUUGCUGGCUCCUCCGCCACCCCCACCCCUCAGUAGAGUCUGUGGAGUCAUAACCCAGCCAGGGUCAGGAAGGUCUGCUGUCUGCACUCCUGGACAGGCUGUCCAGCUUUGAGUUCUUACGGAGCUCACGGAGAAAGUGAAAAUUUACAGCUCUGUGUUUCAGGAAAGGCUUUGGGGGACUAACCCACCCCUGUGAGGCCCCCCUGGUGUUCUGCGCCCUCCCAGACACGGGUGGGGGUGGGGUACCCAGAGGGCAGGAGGGAGGAGGGCAGGGCUGGGGCACACUCGCCGGUGCUGUCCGUGGUGCUGCCCAAAGGGCUGUUCCCAGCAAUGCGGGGAUCUUGUUGGCUCCCAUCAAACUUCUCCCACAAAUUCUGAUUCACGUAAAGGGAAGGAUUGGGGGGCUGGGGGUGAAGAAGGGUGCAAAAGAUGCAGGUUAUCCAGAGGCGGCCCAGAACAGAGGAGCACCUCCCCGUUCUGGGAGACCAGAGAUCCGAGACCAGACCUACCUCCACCUCUUAUCCUCCCAACAGAGCGCCUCCGCUUUCUCCCUCACACUUCCCUCCCCCUCCCCUUCCUCUUCCCUGUUUUAGUGCCUGCUCUCCCCACCCUAGACCUGUGAUUCCUGGUGCAGCUGAGCUCCAGACCUCAGGCUGUCCACCCCUGAGCUCCACGGCGCUGACCUGUGCAUCAGACUGACGCCAAGGCACGUGCGGGGGCGGAGGGUCUACUGGAGUCCUUUCUUGGACUCCUGCAACACGUCCAUUAGUCCGAACUGCCACCAAAGGGUCACUGAUGGCCGAGUCUCUAGAAAGUUAGACCAAACAGCAGCACCUGCAGAGAACUACAGACAGUGUUGGCCCCGGAGAAAGAAAUUCCUUAUUUCCCAACUCAUUUCAAAAUCAAAGUUGCAGGGAUGAAACACUCUCUAAAGAUAAAGGUAAAAUGAUCUGGGUUCAAUGGCCUCUUUUCAUACAGGCACUGGAUCUUACCAUUCUGCCCUAUGUGCAUCGAUAACAAACAAACAAACACAAACACUUUCCCAGCAGUGCCCACUUAAUUUUCAGCUAAUUUUCAGCAUUUUGUAAGCAAAUGAACUUAAUAAAUAGUAAUUCUUAAGCAAAGGUAUGUACAUAAAAAGCAUGGGUGAAUGGCAAUAUUGGAUGUACAUUUGUAAUAUUUGUAAAAAAAACAAAAACAAAAAAACAAACCUCCAAAACCUUAAAGUAUUAAUUUACACGUUAAUUUGCUUCUAAGUGCUGGAAACUGCACUUCAGUGAUAUCUGAUAAGUGAAUGUUUCUGUUAAGUGAAUAAAAACAUCGAGUAAA